AUGUGCAUAAAAGAUCUCAUACGGGGGAGAAGCCGUAUUCCUGUACUGAGUGCGGGAAAUGUUUCCGUUUUAAAUAUUAUCUUAAGGUGCAUAACAGAAUUCACACAGGAGAGAAACCAUAUUCCUGUCCUGAGUGCGGGAAAUGUUUUUCACAGAAGUCCCAUCUUUACACACAUCAGGGUUCUCACACAGGGGAAAAACCGUAUUCCUGUCCUGAGUGUGGGAAAUGUUUUUCACAGAAGUCCUAUGUUUAUAUACAUCAAAGAUCGCACACAGGGGAGAAGCCAUUUUUCUGUUCUGAGUGCGGGAAAUGUUUUAUAG